AUGCCGAGCGCCGGUCCGUUGGCCAUCAGUUCGUACGCGUGUACGUCGGAAUAUCCGCUACAAGAUAUCAUCCUUCGCAUCGAUGCCCCCUACGCCAAUUUGUAUAGCGACAACGACCCGAAUAAACCCCUUUCCCCUUCUUCAAUCAUCAAAAGUGUCAAGACGCUGUUUGAGAAGCCGGCUCCCCUGAAACGCGUCCGAUUUUCUGAUGAUAAUGGAGCUGAUCUCUGCACAGUUUGGAGCUACGAAAAGCAAGAACCCCGCCGCCAUACCAUGGACAUGAACUACCGCUACUACCAGCCGAAUAACCAGGGGAGAAUCGUAUGGCAAAUCCAGCGCGGCCCCAGGAACGAGCCGGCGGAAGCUAAGAUCUCCCUCGAAAAAUUGGAAAUUCAAGACGGCACCUCUCCAAAAAUCUGCGGAAUUAUAAAGAUCGCCAACCUCGGCUUCAACAAGGACGUCCAGCUACGCUAUACUACUAAUGACUGGUUCUCCAGCCUCGAUCACCCAGCAAAAUAUUCCGCAUCUCCGAGCGCCGACUACGAUCUUUUCGAGUUUACGAUGGAUCUGCCGAGCCGCAAUUCGCAUCCCCGCCUCGACUUUUGCCUAUUUUGCGACAUGGAAGGCGCUCGGCACUGGGAUUCCCGGGAUUCACUGAACUACUCGCUGACGUGGAGCAGGGCGAAA